AUGGCCGCUCCCCUCAGCACCGCCGCCAUCCUGGGCGGCAUGGCCGACGCCCUCCCUACACAUCCCGCCGGCGACGACUCGUCCGACCUAGCUUCGUCGUACGAAGCUAUCGCCCUGCUCAUCCAUGCCUAUAUGGCAGCACUAGGUUUCAAGCUUCAGGGCUUCGACGAAGACAAGAAACUCGCCGAAUGCCAGUCCCUCGCUCCGCGCCUCCCGCCCCAAUGGAACACGGGCUUUGGGUCCUUGAGCUUCGUAUACUCCCACAAGCAAUCAGCCAUGACCUUUGUCAUCCGCGUGGAUCGCAUGGGCGGCAAGGUCGAAGUCCGCGGUCUCGCCGUCGGCGACGAGAGGAUCCACCGCUUCGAGCGGACGGUGCGCGAUGUCGUGCAGUCUAGUGGCCUGCCUAUUCGCAUCACCAUGAAUGGCGAGCGCGAGGACCGCAGCGAUCUAGCUACCAAGCUCCGGGGCGUGUUCGUCUCGGAGGAAGCCAUCGCCAAUAUCCUCCACGACCUCAAGGUCAACAUUAUCCAGAAGCUCAUUCCCAAGCUCCAAAGCGAAGGCUACGUCGAGACCGCCGAAGCCGAAGCCACCGCCCGCUCCGAGCGCCGCGCCCAAGAAGCCCAGGACCCCAACCGGCCCUUCCGCGGACCCGACCCGGACGCCAAUAUCCCGGCGCCAGCCAUAAACCCGCUCCCGGACAUGGCGCGCCCCCGGCCCCACCCCGUCGCCGACUUCCCGCCUCCCGGCUUCGAGGACGAGUACGAGAUGAACCGCCCGCCACGCGGCAUCGUCAUGCCCGGCCGCUCGCCCUUCAACAUAGGCCACGACGACCUGAACCCGCCAGGCCUGGGCCCCCACGAUCCCCUCCGCGGCUCCUUCACUGGCGGCGGCCUUCCGCGUCCCGGUGGCGGAUCUGGCAUGCAUCCGACCUUUGAUGAUCCCCUGUUUGGUGGCCCCGGUGCUGGUUCCGGUGGCUACGGCUACGACCCCCAAGCGCCUCCUGGUGCACGUUGGGAUCCUCUCGGCCCUGGCGGCGGCCCUCGUUUUCCCGGCCCGGGAGGCGGUAGGGGCAAUAACCCCUUUGGAGGAUUUGGGGGAGGAGACAUUAUCUAA